CUAAUUCUUCAAUUGCAUAAUCCAUAAUUCAAAAUCCCCCUUUUUUCACUUCUUGAAUCCUGAAUGUGAUGAUCAAACAAUCCCUUCCGUUAAUCAAAUUCAUUCCAUUUGCAAGAAAAUCUAAGCACACCCUUUUCACAUUCCACUGCAAUUUCUCCAUAAAAAUGGCUUCUUUAACUGCCAGAGCCACAGCCACUGUUCAAAAUGUUCCAGGUCUAACCCCUGAAGAAAUGGAGAGAGUUUGUGAACAGACUUUCCAGAGAUAUUCUUUGAGUGAUUUGGGUAAGAGGAAAGGUAAAGGGGUUGCUAUUGUUUGGUUCAGGAAUGAUUUGAGAGUGUUGGAUAAUGAAGCUCUUUUAAGAGCUUGGGUUUCUUCUGAAGCAAUCUUGCCUGUGUAUUGUGUUGAUCCUAGGCUUUUUGGAACCACCCAUUACUUUGGAUUGCCCAAAACUGGAGCAGCUUUAAGGGCUCAAUUCCUCAUAGAGUGCUUAAAUGACUUGAAAAGGAACUUAGUGAAGCGGGGACUUGACUUAUUAAUUCAACAUGGUAAACCAGAAGAGAUUAUCCCUUCCCUGGCGAAAGCAUAUGAGGCACACACAGUGUAUGCCCAUAAGGAAACAUGCAGUGAGGAAGUAAAAGGAGAAAAAUUGGUCACCAGAAAUCUGCAAAGAUUUGCAUCACCGUCAUCUGGUGGACUAGGCAAUGAGCCACGAUCUAUAAACACUACUAAGCUGGAAUUAGUCUGGGGUAGUACAAUGUAUCAUAUAGAUGAUCUUCCAUUUGACUGUGAGAGUUUACCAGAUGUGUACACUCAGUUCCGUAAGUCGGUGGAAUACAAAUCCAAAAUUCGUAAUUGCACUAGACUCCCAGCAUCAUUUGGUCCUCCACCAGAGGUUGGGGAUUGGGGACAUGUCCCACAAGUUACUGAGCUCGGGCUUCAGCAGGAAAAGGUUUCUAAAGGAAUGAACUUUAUUGGCGGUGAAAGUGCUGCACUGGGUAGGGUACAUGAUUACUUUUGGAAGAAGGAUUUAUUAAAAGUGUAUAAAGAGACUCGAAAUGGAAUGUUAGGACCUGAUUAUUCUACAAAGUUCUCUCCUUGGCUUGCUUCAGGAAGCCUGUCUCCCCGUUUUAUAUAUGAAGAGGUGAAAAGAUAUGAGAAGGAAAGACUAUCAAAUGAUUCGACAUACUGGGUUUUGUUUGAAUUAAUAUGGAGGGAUUACUUCAGAUUUCUCUCAGUAAAACUAGGAAAUUUGCUUUUUCAAGCAGGAGGCCCUCAAAAAGUAAAUAUUAACUGGAGGCAAGACCAAACCAUGUUUGAUGCCUGGAGACGAGGUCAAACCGGGUAUCCUUUAAUUGAUGCCAAUAUGAAAGAACUAGCUGCUACUGGAUUCAUGUCGAAUCGAGGACGACAGAUUGUGUGCUCUUUUCUUGUUCGAGAUAUGGGCAUUGACUGGCGGAUGGGAGCUGAAUGGUUUGAGACAUGCCUCUUGGAUUAUGAUCCAUGCUCCAACUAUGGCAACUGGACAUAUGGAGCAGGUGUUGGCAAUGACCCUAGAGAAGACCGUUACUUCAGCAUUCCGAAGCAAGCUCAAAACUAUGAUCCUGAGGGGGAGUUUGUUGCAUACUGGUUGCCAGAGUUAAGAGCACUUCCGAGAGAGAAAAGACACUCUCCUGGAAUGAUGUACUUAAAUCCAAUUGUAGCUCUCAAACAUGGAUAUACUAAGAAGACUGGUGAUUCGAAAACGGCCUUUUCAUCAAGAAGAGGCAGACCAGAAGACAAUAGACGAAAGUGGCACGGAGAUGGGAGAACGUACUAGCGCUGCUGCCAACAUAGGCUACUGAUUUUCAGGUCAUAAGUCACAAAACCGCAACUGAGAUGAGAAAGUUUAGCUGCAUAAUAGAGCCUUGGAAUCUAGCAUUUAAAUUAUACAAAAAAAGUCUGAUCCUAGAAAUCACUGCUACAAUUCUACUUUUACAAACUCUAUGCUGCAGUGAAGAAUAUUGUCAUUUAUUCUUAAUUGUUUUUCCAAAAUGAAGGAUAUUAUAUUGAUUUUUUUUGAGAAAACUUGAUGAGAGUUCAACAGAUAUUUGGAGGUUGGUGUGAUAUAAUUUAAGGAGGUGAAAGUUGGGUCAUGCACUGUCUUUGUUGGA